CGCAAUUACAUAUCCAAGUCAAUAAGUUACUUCCCGGCUGCUCACGCUUCCUCAAUCAGACAAAGACUGCCUUAUUGACUCAUACUCUCACAAUGGCUUCCACAGGGCUUCCAGCUGGCUGGGAGGUUCGUCACUCCAACUCCAAGAACCUGCCCUACUAUUUCAACCCCGCGACCAAGGAAUCGCGCUGGGAACCCCCCGCGGAUACAGACACCGAGACACUCAAAGAAUACAUGGCGACUCACCACUCUGCGGCAAACCAUAAUGAUGUUGGUGGACAGGGGGAGGGCAAGAUCCGCUGCAGCCACCUGCUCGUAAAGCACCGCGACAGCCGUCGCCCGAGCAGCUGGCGCGAAGCUGAGAUUACCCGCUCAAAGGAGGAGGCAAUUGAGAUCCUCAAGGGCCAUGAGCGGCGCAUUCAGUCUGGUGAAGCUACUCUUGGCGACAUUGCCGUCUCCGAGUCUGAUUGUAGCAGUGCCAGGAAGAAGGGUGACCUUGGCUUCUUUGGUCACGGCGAGAUGCAAAAGGAGUUUGAAGAUGCUGCCUUUGCUCUCCAGCCCGGUCAAGUCAGUGGCGUUGUAGAAACGGCCUCUGGUGUCCAUCUUAUCCAACGUGUCCAGUAAUCUACCGACUAUCUACAAGAUUAAUCAAUGAUCGACAAACUUGGUUUUCUUGGUCUCUUUUUUCAGGUUUUGGGAACUCUUGGGUUGGUACGGAUGGGAUUGGGACAAUACCGGAGAGGCAAAACGGAUUAUCACUCUACAAAAAGCUCUUCUGGUACAGUCUCCAGUUCCCAGUGAGCACUUUGGCUGCUCGUCUUUGGUUGAUCGUGCUAGGAGAUCUUGUAAAGAGCUAAAAUAGAGGAUAGCUGCACACGGCUGAUGACUGGGUAGCGUCUGGAUAAUACAAGUCGCUGAGAAGUUUCACUAUCUCCACA